UCCCACGCCAACCACGCCACGUACCAGGCUACUAGCGACAACCACGCCAGUGCGCCACCACCAACCAAACUUACCAAGCACACUGAGUGAGUGAGGCAGACGGAGGCGGGCAACCAAUCAUGGCGGACGCGGGCGUGACGGGGGUGGCGGCGAAGCUGGGCGAGCUCGCGGCGGCGGAGGCGACGGCGCUGCUGCGGGUGGACGCGGAGAUCCGGUCCCUGCGCCGGAAGCUGGCCUACCUGCAGGCCCUCGUCCGCGGGGCCGACCGCGCCCGCCGCGGCCGCGCCAACGAGCUGCUGCUGCUGUGGCUGCGGGAGACGCGGGAGGUCGCCUUCGAGGUCGAGGACGCCGUCGACGAGUUCCACCUCCGCGUCGAGGCCUUCCACCUCAGCGCCAAGGGCCGCCGCGGCUGGUGGCACGGCGCAGCCUUCAACCUAGUCCAGGGCCUCGCCACUCAGGUAAAAGUUGUCGUACGUCAUGGUCUGUCGAAUCAGAUAGUCAAGAUCAACGAAAGGAUCGAUGAGCUGAAUCAGAACAAGGAAACAUAUGCUAUUGAGAGUUUUCCAUCCGAAACGUGGAAUUCAUCAUCGAUUGAGACUGAUCCCGAGUGGUACGAGGAUGGGUAUGUUGAAGACUCCAGACAAAGUGAAUUUACAACCCUCAAAGACCAAAUUGACAAAGAGAAGAUUGUUUGUCACCGUGCUGUCACCUCAAUUCUGGGCGAGUGUGGCAUUGGAAAGAAAACACUUGCAAGAAAGCUGUACAACGACCCUGAUAUCAUGAGAAACUUUGAGGUGCAUGCAUGGGUGUGUCUUCCACCACACAUCAGGUUCACAGACUAUGUGGAGACUAUGUACAAGCAGGUCAGCUCAGAGGUCCCAGAAGCACCUGAAAAAGUUGGCAAGGCAUCAUUGGCAACUGGUGAUGGAGAAACCAUUAGUAAAGAGCGCAAACUUCGAGAACUAAUGCAGAACAGGCGGUACCUAGUUGUUCUUGAUGGUUUGGUCGAAAUCAGUGACUGGAAUUCUUUGUUGGAUGUCCUGCCAGAUGAAAACAAUUGCAGCCGAAUCUUGCUUACGACACGCUUAAGUGUGAAGGAAAUCAAUCAUAUGGACCCGCGUAUUGCUCCCCUUGAAUUGGGUUGCCUUGAAACCAUACACGGUCAACAGUUGUUUUGUCGACGAGUUUUUGGAGCAAAGAAACCUCCAGAAAUUUACAAGUGCAAAGCUUACUAUGACAAAGUUCACAAUAUAUCAACAGGUCUUCCGCUAGCCAUCAUUGUUCUUGCUGGAGUAUUACGAUCAAAGGUGAUUCCCGCGGAGUGGGAUGAAGUGCUUGAGCAACUCGAGACCAAUGGCCAGCCAAAACCACUUGGAAGGAUAUGGUCUUUAGCUUUUGAUGAUUUGCCACACCAUCUAAAGUCAUGCUUUCUCUACUUUGCGUCCAUGUCAGAAAAUAUUAUUGUUUACCCAGAUCGUUUGGUGCGUCUGUGGAUUGCCGAGGGUUUUGUGGUGCCAAAGAAGGGAAAAACUUUGGAGGAGGUCGGGUUUGACUAUCUGAAGGACCUUGUCUCAAGAGGACUAGUCCAGGUCAUGGACAAGGAUGCUGGAGGGCGAAUCAAGCUAGUAGCCAUCCACAAUCUGCUUCACGCGUUCCUGGAAUCUGAAGCACGGGACUCUGGUUUCCUUGAAAUCCACCACCAAGCUAACGUCCUAAAUCCAAAUGCAGUGCGGCGCCUUGCUGUACACAAUUAUGUGGAUUCAUUUGUCAACAUACCGAAUGAAUUUCCUAAGCUGCGUUCUCUUCUCUGCGAUUUCGCAGAAGACCAACGCAGCAGCACAAUAUAUGAAUCGCCUCAACCUCAUACACCAUGGGGCAGCUUUGCAGAGAUGUGCUUGAGAGCAUGUGGAAGUUCCGACAGAGCUGGCCUAAAGACCAUUCAUGGGCUGCACUUCUUACAGGGCUCUAGGUUCCUGCGUGUCAUCGAUCUGAAUGGUUUGAAGAUCCAAAAGCUGCCAAAUGAGAUUGGAAGCAUAAUACACCUGAGGUACCUUGGUAUUAGAAACAGCAACUUGGAGGAGCUCCCUUCGUCCAUUUCUAAGCUUGACAACCUUCAGAAAUUGGAUGUAAGGAGAACAAAUGUGAGAAGAGUUGUCGACGAAUUUUGGGAAAUUGAAGCACUGAGGCAUGUGCUUGCUGAGAAAAUUUUGUUGCCUGAUUGCAGAGUCUCCUUGAAUAACUUGAUGACCCUUGAUGGUGCGGAGCCUUCACAUCCAUGGCAUGAUCAAAUAUGUCCAUUGAACUACAUGUUAUGUCUCCGGUCUCUGUCCUUGUCUGGCAUUUCCGAAACACAUACUAAAGCACUCUCGGCAGCUCUCAGGAAAAUGGAGUUCCUUGUGAACCUCAACUUAUAUGGUGAAGUCCUUCCAUCUACAAUGUUCACCGACUCAAGCAUGCGCCGCCUCCAGGUGCUGGUUCUACAUGGCAGGCUGGAAGACCUUGAUGCUUCACAGAGCGACCGAUAUGUCAUGCCAAACCGGCCGUUCGUCCGUGAUUCGGGCGGAUCGGAUCACGCGUUUGAUGUCCUUGCUGGGUGCUGACGGGCUCGACAUUGUGGGCCACGAUACGGGCCCAUCGACAGCAGCAAAGAUUGAUGUUUUUC